UCUGAGAUUACCAGAAAAUGAAGUCUCACUUCGAAGCUUUAAGCAAGAAUAAAUCCAGACAAGAAGGUCUCAGAGGAGUAUCUCUUGAAGAAACUCUUGAUACCAAAAUGAUGGAGGAAAGUGUCAUCACUUCCACAAUCAGAGGAGACACUCUUAAAUCAAGUCGUAAGAAGGGUGACGAUCUAAAAUAUCAGACAACGAUCAGCAAUGAUUUUAUGACUCAUGGAGAAUUUACCACAAAUGCUCAAACUUUUGACACCAUCUACAGCAAAUCACCCACAAAUUACGAGAAGAUAAAUGAAAAAUGGAGAAAAGAGCAUAAUGAUCCUCUUGAUUAUCCUCUGAGGAAGAGAGAUAGUUCAAAGAAGGAUAAACAAGCAGGUCGUCCGAGAGUGAAAUCAUCAGCAGCUGAAACCAUUCCUUUUGUUGAAGCUACUGAAUGUAACCCAGUCAGAAAGUCGAUUAUCAAGAAAAGGAAUCUCAUAUUUAACAGACAGGAAAAGUUUAACACAAGUUAUAAACCUAAGCUGGCUAAGAGUGAUAAGAAGAAGACCUAUCUUUCUAGCUGAACUAUAGAUCUUUCUUCUCCUCACAGAAGACAUAGAAGCAUUACAGCUGGCGAACCCUCCACAGUCCGCACACUUGAUGACCAAAGGUUUCAGAAUAGUGAAGGAUCAGACAUUGACAACUGAGAUGAAUAUGAAGAGAGUCUUGGCGAUACUGAUGAGCCACAAGGGAGACAAAGUAUUUCUGAAAUGGUAACAAUGCACAAACUGAAUACUACCAAAACAAUUUUGAAGAAGAAUACCAGUCUUAUUCAAAAUAGCCAAGAAUUUUCAAAGGCUAGCAGUUUUAUUCCUGUCGCUAAGAAGAGAAUCCAGAAGGAAGUGGAUGUCUUUGAAUGGUGAGAUGAAUUUGAUGAUUUUCUUGAUGAAUGAGAUAUUGAUUUUGGUAACAUUCAGAAGGACAACAUUGGUAAUAAAAACCUAGCUAACACUUUAACAAACAUAAAUUUUCAGGGAAAAUAUCAAUAUUUAUCAUCGUUCAUGGAGAAUGAAGCUGAGAAGAUCAGAAAUAGCAGUUCUCUAGAGAAUUCAAAGCUUAUUGUCGAAGCAAGAAAGACUCCAAAAAGAAAGAACACUGAUAAAUUGAAGCAUUUAAAUUCAAUUGGUUCUGCAUACAAAACCAAGCCAAAUGAGUUAGAAGCUGUCUCUCUUGAUCCAGAUGAAGUAGUAAGAGCAUCAAGGGUAUUAAAAAAGAUGCACUCAUUCAAAGCUAACAAGAGGCACUCUAUCACAUAUUCUGACAAUUCAGACCCAGUGCUGUCUUCUCUGAUUGGAUAUAUUGAUUCCAUGGGUGUUUUCAAACUAAAUAUUGAUGAAGAUGAUCUUUCUCUACUUUCACUUGAAGUGAUUGAAAACAUUGGCUUCUUCAACAAACUCAGUUACGAGAGCAAUCUGAAAAAUUGGCACAAAGACAUGAAAUAUGCAUUUAAAAUGCAUAAAAAUACCCUAAGAGAUGUAAUCUUCUCUGAGAGGACCAAAAUGAAGCCUUUAGUCUCAUUUAUCCUCAAUUGGGAGUAUUUUGAAAGAUUGUCUUGCUAUUUGGUAGACAACAAGGACCUGACCUGAUACAAUAAUCCUAUCGUUUUAUAGAUCCUGUCAUGAUUUCUUGCUCGUAAAUGUUAAUAGUUUUUAAGCUACAU